AUGCAGUUACGCGGAAGCGACGCCCUAUGGCGACUCAUACGAAUAGUCGCACCUAGGAGACCGUACAUGGCCAAUGGGAUCAUAUCUGCCAUAGCAGCGAAGAAGAUCGGAAUGGGUAACCCCUUGUUAUCUCUUCUGGACGUCAACCGUAGCCAUUAUCCAUUGGAUUCUAGCCUUGAUUACCCAUUGGAUGCAUCUUCACCAAGAUAUAACAAGGAUAUAGUGAGAUACGCUGGUUUGACCCUGUCGCAUCUCACAAGCUCCGGAUUCUACACAGCAGCGGUACACUUGCACAGGUUACUGGACAUUGUACAGAGUUCGAGGGACAUGAUACAGCAGCUUGAUUUGAGUGUACUAUUAACUAUGCUAAAAUCAUGUGAACGCAUAUUAAGUGCGAACUACCCCGUAACACGACGAAGAACCGAUACUGCCACGACAGAUAUCAAUACGGUUAAGCAGCGAGCUUUAGAAUGUGCAAAAUAUAUAUCAUAUCAUGUUUCUGCCGUAGGUCAAGGUGAACUAAUGGGCGAUUUCGCCACGAUAAUCUGCCGUAUGCAACUACACAAUCAGUGUUUCACCAAACGUCUUUUAAGUGAGAUUGAUGAAAAUGUCAAUAAGUUCUCGACCGACGGACUGAUAGGGUCUCUACGUUACUUGAUUUAUCAGGCUAUCAAUGACCCACGUGGAUAUUUGGGCGCCAUAUAUCGCAUUUUGGAUGCACUAUCGGACGCAAAUCUCACCUGGGAACAUACUAUUGACGUAUUGGGGUACAUGGUACAGGCCAAAGUCUUCCAUCCAACUUUUCUUGACAACGUAACUUCAAGUUUGAUGGAUAACAAUGAAUCUCUUGGUAAUGAGGUCUUAGGUAUGGAUACAAUCUCGAGUCCACAAAUUUGUGCUAUUUUCAGGGCAUUCUACAUACUGGGUUAUGAAAAACUUGGCCUUAUAUCAGAUGCUUUUAUUAAUCGCUAUAGUUAUCUAGAUAGACAUGCUACUAAUGAUAACAUGGUCUUGCGUGAUAUGAGAAAAUGCACAUUAGCGGACCUCUUGGAUCUGCUGAAAGUAAUACUGGCUAGCGAUCCAACCCUUGUCGGAGCAGGCCGGUCGUGGGCGUUGCACAUAUUACAACACCGGGUUACAGUGCUGGUGGGUAAAGCGUCGUUGUAUGAUUUACAAGAGCUAUUCCAUGUGUUUGGCAAUCUGGACCCCGAGCUGUAUCACUGCAUCCUUGCUCCUAGAUGCGACGCCAAAUGGCACUAUGGAGUGGGUAAGGUCAAUGUAACCAGUGCCCUGGUAUCCAACACACCACUACUAGGACCUAAGGCACUCGCCAAGGCUGUAAUAUGCUAUUCCGUGACAUUACAGUGCUAUCUGGACAUGACCAUAAGGCGUGACAUAUCGCGUUGUAUCCAAACCAUGUGCUCAUACGCCCUUAGGAUGCUCUCACAAUCAUCACUCAUCACUACCAAGGUUCUUUCGCAGGCACAUAACUUUCAAGAUGAUGAUAGCAGUAUCUUAGUUUCAUCUGUUGACCACAUUACAACGCCAAGUGGCACUAGUGCGAUUGCUGACGAUCAUGCUGGCACGUUUUUGUACGAUCCUUCCAAGAGUUCGAACUAUAAGUAUAUGAAAUUGGGUGAGAGUCGUACAGAUGCUAAAAACAGGGAAUCGUUCCGUUAUCGGAAACAACUAUUAGCAAAGGCAAACAAAUCUCAGGAUGUUACUGUAGGAAUGGGCAAACCAUGCAAUACGGAUACUGAAAGCCCUGUGGAGGGUGACCUUGGACCAGUUGCUAACACUGGAGAAUCUACCAACACGCUGAUGGAGGUCUUACGUGUGGUGCACCAAAGCUUGUGUAUACAUCAUCAACUCUGCUGUUCCAUGCUAACCAAACCCUAUAAGGACUGGAGCGUGUCCAUGUUAGAAGUUGUAGCAAGGUUUAUCAAAGCCUAUAGGUUAUUCAUGAAAUUGCACGGCGCCAAUUUCCAGUCUAUCGAACAUGAAUCCGCAUUAUACGGAGUAGAUGGGUCCUAUAAUUCACGGAUCGUGAAGGCGUUACGAUCAGUGGAUCCCGGGUAUGUCGAUUCGAGGUUCCUCUGUACUUCUGAAUCUCAUGAAAUUCACAAGAACCGGCAAAGGUCUGUCCCUAAACCCAGGGUACUGGGAGCUAAAUUACGUAUCGUACAUGUUGACGUUGUGAAACCAAGUCGUAGCAAGGUACGAUUAAACUGGGAUCAUUUCGACGACCCUUCGGAGCUCAGGCGUCAGACACGCCCUAAAAAGGCGAAAAAACUUCUCGAUGGUUUACAAGACGAAAUCUAUCGCGUUUCACAAGCUGUCGAUCAACAUGUACACGGUCAUCGAGAAUUAGUUGAAUAUUACGAUAUGUUUGUUUCUAGACAUUUUAAAGGCAAGCUGGCGUGUCUCUCCAAGGAGUCGUCAGGGGGCACUGUGACACCAAGUGGGAUAACGACAUCCAGGAUGCACAAACAAGUUACCCAGGCACUAGAAUCUAUCCCGGGGAUACAGCUAGAGGCGGAGGUAGCCUGCGGUGCGUAUCAUAUCGACCUUGUGGCACAGUUUCAACAAUCAGCUUAA